AGGCGUGGAGCCUCGGGUAGAGUGCACCAUGUUGUGGGAACCAUCAGGAUGCUGCUGUUGCAGUCUCAGGACUGGGAGCCUGGUGUUGGCGACCAUAGUCAUUGUAACUGGGACCUUGGGCAUUAUCAAUGAGAUUAGUGUUUUUAUUGUUGGGGAUAUACCUGACACCCUGAGAGAAGUUUGUGAAAAAGAAGAAAACGAUAAUAUGGAUCCAGAUGAAUGCUAUGAUUUUUCUUACCCAAUAGUGUAUGGAAUAUUGAUAACCAAGCUUUUGUUGGACAUCAUGCAAGUCGUAAUUAGCAUCCUCCUGGUCCAUGGCAUCCUCAAGAAUAAGACAAGAUUCAUGAUACCCUUCAUGAUCACGGUACUGGUUGGUAUCAUCAUAUGGUUGCUGGCUGCUCUGUUUGCGAUUGGCUCAAUGGCCUAUUUUGGACUCUGGGCAGGCGUCUUCAUCUUUGCCAUUAUUUUCGGCCUGAUCAUUUUCCUUGAGACUUACUGUCUUCUGGUUGUCAGAGCCCUUUUCCUCCAGCUCAAACGCCAGAAGGGACAGCGCCACAUGAUCCUGACCGAGCAAGGCUAUAGCAGAGCCAAGACACAGGAGUGUGUAGAGUAUUAAUAAGCAAAAUACAGAGAUAAAACCUGUCUAGAACCUGUUUGGAAGGCAUAUAGCUGUAUAGAUGGGAUUGCAUAUUCAUGACCAAACUUCACUGUUAUUUGUAAAAACAGAAUAACAUGUGAGGGAAAAAGUGAAAUCUGUAGUCUAGAAAGUCUCUUUUUGAGAGCAGAAUUCGCUUUAUUUUAAGGAGAGCAAACAAAUGGAAUAUUGAUAUUUGGAUAAUCAAUUUAGUCAGACAAUUUCUUAACAAAUGUCUUGGACUGAGACAUAAUGGAGCAUGUUUAUGAUUUAUUCCAACAUUUUGCAUCAGUUGCAUGACUGAAUUGUGUUGAGUGGAAACUAGAAUAUAUCAAUAGAUUGAGAGUCACAGUUUUGUUUGCACUUUUUUUUUAUCAUGAUAGUACUUGUAUAUUUAAACAUAAGGCACAGUCAUUCCCAGCUCAUGAACCCCAGUGAACCUGAACCUAGGAAUCCUGGAACAACACAUGUUUCAGGAAUUUAUGGUUUAAAUUCACAAGUGUUCAUCAGCUGCACACAAAUUUUGGGAAAGUGCGAUAAAAAAGAA